UCCCGUUAUUAACGGUAGAGGACGUAGCAACGAUAUUUCUUGAAUUCAGGUGGCGUUAAGUAAACUUUCGUUUGGCGACUAAAGUUUUAAAGUGCUUAUGUUUAUAAAUAUGGAAAAUAUGACAGUUGAUCACAUUUACUAUUUUUGGUGGUAAUGUUUAAUAUGAACAGAUUUUUAAAAUUAAUUUAUCAAAUGGAAAAUUAAGUUCUGCAGUUUAGGAAAAAUCAAAGAAUGGUUAAAAAUGUAUUUAUGUAUUUGGAGAAAUGAUUCAAUGAAUAUUAUUUUUGUAUUAAUUUCCAAUUGAGGAAAUGGCAAUAGCAAGACCUCCAGGGAUGGAGUUCGAUCACAAUUGGCCAGAGAGUGCUGAAUGCUUGACAUUAGAUUUUGGUCCCUUUGAAACUGUUCAUCGAUGGAGACGAAUGCCAGAAUGUGAUGAGUUUGUUGGUGCAAGGAGAAGUAAGCACACUGUUGUAGCAUAUAAAGAUGCCAUUUAUGUUUUUGGAGGAGAUAAUGGUAAACAUAUGCUAAAUGAUCUCUUGAGAUUUGAUGUUAAAGAUAAAUCAUGGGGAAGGGCAUUUACAACAGGAGUACCACCAGCUCCUAGGUACCAUCAUUCUGCUGUCAUUCAUGAGAGUAGUAUGUUUGUCUUUGGUGGUUACACUGGUGAUAUUCAUUCAAAUUCAAAUCUUACAAAUAAAAAUGACUUAUUUGAAUACAAGUUUACCUCUGGACAGUGGAUUGAAUGGAAAUUUGAAGGAAAAAAACCUGUACCUAGAUCUGCACAUGGAGCAGCAGUCUAUAAUGGUAAAUUAUGGAUAUUUGCUGGAUAUGAUGGAAAUGCUCGAUUGAAUGACAUGUGGACUACAUCAUUACUUGGGGAUAAUAGAAUUUGGGAAGAGAUUCCUCAAAAAGGUGAUUGUCCUCCAACAUGCUGCAAUUUUCCAGUUGCAGUUGCAAGAGAUAGUAUGUUUGUUUUCUCUGGCCAGAGUGGUGCUAAAAUAACAAACAGUCUUUUUCAGUUCAACUUUAAAGAUAAAACUUGGUGUAGGAUUUCAACAGAACACAUAUUAAGAGGUGCCCCUCCACCUCCUACAAGAAGAUAUGGUCAUACAAUGGUAGCAUUUGAUCGUCAUUUGUAUGUUUUUGGUGGUGCAGCCGAUAGUACGUUACCUAAUGACUUACAUUGUUUUGAUUUAGAUAGCCAAACAUGGUCCAUAAUUCAACCUUCACCAGAUAGUGAGGUAUACCUCGACUUACGUCAUUUUGAGUUAUGUCAAUGUACUACAAAAAUACCUGCUGAAGAGGGACGAAAGAGUCUGAAACGCAAUAUUAUGUAUGUGUCCAGAAAACCUGUACCUAGAUCUGCACAUGGAGCAGCAGUCUAUAAUGGUAAAUUAUGGAUAUUUGCUGGAUAUGAUGGAAAUGCUCGAUUGAAUGACAUGUGGACUACAUCAUUACUUGGGGAUAAUAGAAUUUGGGAAGAGAUUCCUCAAAAAGGUGAUUGUCCUCCAACAUGCUGCAAUUUUCCAGUUGCAGUUGCAAGAGAUAGAAAAGAUAUGCUGAGCAAUAGAAUUGUUCUUCUUAUGAUGGAUGUUUAUAGAUUAGCUGUUCAAUUUCAUAUGAAGAGAUUGGAACAACUCUGUGUUCAAUAUCUUGAAGCUGCAAUUAAUCAUAGAAAUGUAUUAGUGGCUCUGCAGAAUGCAUCUGGAUUAAAACUUGAUUUUAUAAAAUUUAAUAGUUUAUUUGUUGCUGCUCGAUCACAAUGGCUUAGAGGGAAAAUACUUCAUUCACGAGAAAGACAAAGAGAUCAAUUGGAAAGAAAUUUGCCAGUUGGUCAUCAGAUGCAUUCUCCUCCGAUGCUACAAGUCCGGUUGAAAGAUGCUGUUCCAGAAGCAUUUGAACUUGUUCUUACAUAUAUUUAUACUGAUCGUAUUGAUCCCACCAAAAAGAGUGGAUGGGUGCCAAGAGAUUUUUCUCAUGAUCAAAUUGAAAAUACUUUAGGAAAAGAUAUGCUGAGCAAUAGAAUUGUUCUUCUUAUGAUGGAUGUUUAUAGAUUAGCUGUUCAAUUUCAUAUGAAGAGAUUGGAACAACUCUGUGUUCAAUAUCUUGAAGCUGCAAUUAAUCAUAGAAAUGUAUUAGUGGCUCUGCAGAAUGCAUCUGGAUUAAAACUUGAUUUUAUAAAAGAAUUUUGUUUGAAAUUUAUAGUAAAAGAAGGAAAUUAUAAUCAAAUAGUAAUGAGCAAAGAAUUUGAAACAAUUGCUCAACCAUUAAUGGUAGAAAUUAUACGAAGAAGACAAAUGCCUGUUGUAAGACCAUUAAUGGAACCACAAUUUGAUACUCCUGGAACAACAUUAGAACAAGAUAUGGAAUUAUUUUUAAAAAGUACUGGAAAAGAUUUUUGUGAUAUAAUUUUAUUAUUGGAUGGCCAUCCUAUUCCAGCUCACAAAGCUAUUCUUGCUGCAAGAUGUAGUUACUUUGAAGCCAUGUUUCGUUCUUUUAUGCCAGAUAACAAUACAGUAACUAUUGCUAUUGGUGAAAUGAUACCAUCAAUGCAGUCUUUUAAUACAUUAUUACGAUACAUUUAUUAUGGUGAUGUGACAAUGCCACCAGAAGAUUCUCUAUAUUUAUUUUCAGCACCUUAUUUUUAUGGUUUCUCGAAUAAUCGUUUGCAGGCUUUCUGCAAACAGAAUCUUGAAAUGAAUGUUACCUUUGAAAAUGUAAUUCAGAUACUUGAAGCUGCUGACCGAAUACAAGCAAUAGACAUGAAAAAGUAUGCACUAAAUUUAAUAGUUCAUCAUUUUCCCAAGGUGGCUCGAUUACCCAGAUUUCAUCUUCUUAGCAGAGAAUUACUUCUGGAUAUUUUAGCAGCACUUGCUGAUGACAUGAGUGAUUCCAAACUGUGUCAGGACAUGUCUUCGGCCAGUCUGUGCACAGACAGUUGACCAAAUUCAUUUGAUAAUGAGCAAUGACCUUUAUUUGUAUUCAAAACAUUGAUUCUGCAACGUUAAUACAUUUUAAGAAAUUGUUAACUACUUUGUCAUCAUCUGAGAUUUCACCAAUUCUACAUUUUAAUUUAUAAAAUAUAAACUAUUUUAAAAUGUUUUAUUUAUUAUUUACUCAACAUUUUCAUGAUAGUUUCUACAAAGUCUCUGUGGAUUAAAUCACAGUCUUCUUCUAUAAGCAAAAAUCAUCAUUAAAAUAAAUGGUGCACAGACUUAUAUUUUGCAUAUUAAAAUUUAAAAAUACUGUUUAAUUUGCAAAUAAAAUCAUUAUAAUAAUUACUGUAAAAAAAUGUAAAA